GUGUCGCGCAUGCGCAGGAGAAGAGCUGAGACUGACUCCAUUACCCUCUCUCUCACUCUGCUCUUGUUCAUUAGUCCUCUCAUUAUGGCUGCCACUAAAAGACUUGCUAAAGAAUUAGAUGAGAUAAGGAAGUCUGGACAAAAGGUCUUUAGAGAAGUCCAAGUGAAUGAGACUAACAUAUUGAAAUGGAGUGGUCUUAUAGUACCAGAUAACCCACCUUAUAAUAAAGGUGCUUUUAGAAUUAACAUUGAAUUCAUGGCAGAAUACCCUUUCAAACCGCCAAAGAUAGUCUUUCUUACUAAAAUAUAUCAUCCAAAUAUCGACGAGAAGGGACAAGUAUGUCUUCCCAUUAUAAGCCCCGAGAACUGGAAACCAGCUACAAAAACUGAUCAAGUGAUCCAGGCUCUUGUUGCAUUAGUACAUGAUCCGGAACCAGAGCAUCCACUGAGAGGAGAAAUAGCUGAAGAAUACACAAGAGAUAAAAAGUUAUUUUUGAAAAAAGCUGAAGACUUCACUUUAAAGUUUGCUGAGAAGAGGCCAGCAGACUGAUGGCAAUUCUUAGGGAGUUGUUUAGUAGCUGUACACUGAUAGUUAUUGUUGUUAUUAUUAUUAUUAUCUUUUUAAGUGUUGACGUUAAUUUAGUGUAAUUGUUUCUGUUCAUUGAUUACAAACUUUUAUAAAGUUAUAACAAUAAUGGUUUCUUUGUGUGUGAAUUAUGUUAUUAUUAUUAUUAUUAUUAUUAUUUAGUUGUUUUACAACAAAAUCAUUA